GACUACCUAGAAAAGUUCUACCAGUUACCCAGGAACAGAUUCCGGUCUGAGAGGAAGAACAGCACCAGUGUGAUUAUGGAAAAGCUCAGAGAGAUGCAGCGAUUCUUUGGGUUGAACGAGACGGGGAAGCCCAAUCAGGAGACCCUGGAGAUGAUGCAGAAGCCUCGCUGUGGAGUGCCCGACAGCGGUGAUUUUAUGUUAACCCCAGGGAACCCCAAGUGGAAACAAACUAACCUGACCUACAGGAUUAUUAAGUACACCCCACAGUUGUCAGAGGCCAGUGUGGAGACAGCUAUUCAGAAAGCCUUUCAAGUAUGGAGUAAUGUAUCACCCCUGACCUUCACCAAGGUCUCACAGGGAGAAGCAGACAUCAGGAUCGCUUUCGUCCAAGGAGAUCAUGGUGACAAUUCGCCAUUUGACGGACCCAAUGGAAUCCUCGCUCAUGCCUUUCAGCCGGGUCAAGGUAUUGGAGGAGAUGCUCACUUCGAUGCAGAAGAAACGUGGACUGAAAAUUCUAGCAAUUACAAUUUGUUUCUUGUUGCUGCCCAUGAAUUUGGCCAUUCCUUGGGGCUCUCUCAUUCCACUGACCCUGGUGCCUUGAUGUAUCCCAACUAUGUUUUCCACGACCCCAGCACCUAUACCCUCCCUCAAGAUGACAUCAAUGGCAUUCAGGCCAUCUACGGUCCUUCAAGCAACCCUGUCCAACCAACUGGACCAAGCACACCCACAACUUGUGACCCCAGACUGACAUUUGAUGCUAUCGCCACACUCCGUGGAGAAAUACUAUUCUUUAAAGACAAGUACUUCUGGAGGAGGCACCCACAGCUGCCAAGAGUGGACCUCAACUUCAUCUCUCUGUUCUGGCCAUCCUUGCCUGACGGUAUACAGGCGGCCUAUGAGGAUGUGGACAAGGACCUCGUUUUCCUGUUUAAAGGCAGGCAGUACUGGGCUCUGAGUGGCUAUGAUAUCAAGCAAGGUUAUCCCAAGGAUAUCUCAGACUAUGGCUUCCCAAGCAGCGUCCAAGCCAUCGAUGCAGCUGUUUACUACAGGAGAAAAACCUACUUCUUUGUAAAUGACCAAGUCUGGAGAUAUGAUAACCAAAGACACUCCAUGGAACCAGGUUACCCCAAAAGCAUAGCAAGUAUCUUUCCAGGAAUAGAAAGCACAGUUGAUGCAGUUUUCCAGCAGAAUUACGUCUUCCUUUUCUUCAGUGGACCAAGAUAUUAUGCAUUUGAUCUUGGUGCUCAUGAGGUUAUUAGGGUUGAUAGAACCAACAGAUGGCUCAACUGUAGAUAA